AUGCAAGAACAACAGCGAGGGGAGCAAAAAAGGUGUGGUGGGCGCGAGGUCGAGGAAUGGGACGUGGCCGAGCGGAGAGACAAGCUGACCAAUCGAUCUUCCAGGCCAUGUGCCGAUGCCAGUCCGGCGCCUGCGCAUGUUUCUCUCUACCUUAUCAUCUGUAUGCACUCCGAUGCACAACUGGACGCACGCGCUCCCAUCGGAAAAAUCCCACAAGAGCUCUUCAGCUUGAUAUUGCGAUGGACCAUUCAGAAGCCAGGCUUCAAGUCGUCGUUUAGCCAGCUAUUCGCUAGGUUUCGCGGCUUCAGAGCGGAACUCCCACCUGGCUUCCAUAGAUGGCUCUCCCUACGCCUCGUUUCCCGUCACUGGAACGAAACUAUCGUCUCCCAGAAGCAUCUCUGGAGUACCGUCAUCGCAUGGGGGCGGGCCCAUGCGCGGGAGUGGUUGAUGCUCUGUCUUUCCCACACGGAUGGAGUUCCCAUUGAUGUCAUCCUCCGGCUCAAUCACCAAGGCACAUCGUCUUUUCUCGUUGGAAUCCUCCCCCACGCACCCCAUCUCCGGUCCCUCGCCAUAUAUGCCCUCACCACGGACGAUCGCGUUGCUCUCAACGACUCGUUCUUCCUAUCGACGACGUUUACCGCUUUGACGACACUCAUCUUCGAGUCAGGCCCUCACGACCCGCCCACUCCCCCGGUCACAUUCGAGCAGUACAACACCCCCGCUCUCACGACGAUCUCGUUCAACGCGCACUGGCAGGUACCGCGUCCAGCGGUCUUUGCGCGACUGAAGCGCAUCUCGCUGACCUUUGGGUUGCGCCUCUUGCCGAUGCACGUCCUAGGGCUCCUCCAUACCGCACCGCAGCUCGAAGAGUUCCGCGUCGAUAUGUACCAUGAUCAUGAAGACCGCCCGGACUGGUUGAACGACACGUGGUACGCGCGCGUCGGGCUCACAGAGCCGGUCACCAUGGCCCACCUCCGCAUUCUCGAGUUCAAGGAGUACAUCGAAGAACAGUCAGACACCGCCUGGGUUCUCGAGCGCCUCCGCCUGCCCCGCGCCCAAGUCGUCCAUUUCGACUGCCACGGCGAGUACAUAUUCGACUAUCUUCCCGACACGCUCGCAGAAUCGAUCCCCUUCCUCCCCUCGCUCGUCGGGCUGCGCGUCGCCGCCAAUAGGAGCUCUUUCGACUUCGAAGGCUGGACCGCGGGCGAGACGCACCGCUUCAUCGUCGACCUUGCAAGUUGGUGGGUGACCACCGCGUCCCACAGCUUUGUCCUUGAAGCCCUGGAGCGGUUCGUCGACACCAUACCCUGCCCCGACGGUCCCUCCACCCUCGAGCUCGACGGCCGCAUCGUUUCGUUCAUCACGGAGCGGGCAGAGUGGGCGGGGGUUCUCCGAUGCGUCCCCAAGCUCACGCGGUUGUCGAUCGCGAACACGUACGAACACCGCGUGGACGGCCAUCUGGUCGAGUUGGUGAAUGCGCUGCGCGAGCGCGGGAAGCCGCUGGCGGAGCUUGUUUUCGUUGGCGAACCGCCAUUGGACCUGGAGAUGUGGAGGGGGGAGCUGGGGGUGGUCGGGGUGGGGAGCGUGACGCGGGUGGCGGGCAGGCUCUGA